UUCCACGUUAAUUUUUUUCCGAGUCUCAAUGAGAGUUGACGUGUAAAAAGAUAUGGCGCGAUAUUUUAUAAGCUUAUUUAUUUUAUUCGAAGUGAUAGUUUCGAUAAAUUGUUUCUUGCAUCGUUAUCCAAAGUUAAAUAUUAAUAGUAAAGUGCACGGAGACCCUGGAUCACCUUUAUUUCUUACUCCAUACAUCGAGAGCGGCAACAUAACAGUAGCUAGGCAACUAGCUCGAGUACCAUUAACGGAAAGACUACAAAUAAAAAGCUAUGCAGGGUUCUUCACAGUUGACAAGAAAUACGACUCAAAUCAAUUCUUCUGGUACUUCCCAGCGAUGUUACCAAACAAUAAAGAUGCACCAGUUGUAGUUUGGCUUCAAGGAGGACCAGGAGAUUCAUCGUUAUAUGGCCUUUUCACAGAAAACGGACCAUUAAGAGUGAGUGAUAAAAAAAUUAAACUACGCAAAUACCAUUGGGCAAUAAGCCACCAUCUUAUUUACAUUGACAACCCAGUUGGUACCGGAUUUAGUUUUACAAAAGAUCCCAAAGGUUACUGUACUAAUGAGACACAGAUUGGUGAACAACUGUAUUCAACUAUCACACAAUUCUUCCAGUUGUUCCCUGAGUUGCAGGCGAAUAAAUUUUUUAUUACUGGUGAAUCUUAUGCUGGCAAAUAUAUACCAGCGUUUGCUUAUACAAUACACAAAAAGAAUCCAACAGCAAAGACUAAAAUUAAUCUAAAAGCUUUAGCAAUUGGCAAUGGUCUGAGUGAUCCGGAACAUCAGAUAGUAUACGGCAAACAUCUGUAUCAAAUAGGUCUAUUAGAUUGGAAUCAAGCCCAAGUUUUUGAAGAUUACGAAAAGAAAGGUAUUGAAUAUAUCCAACAGAAACAAUGGAGUAAAGCAUUUGAGAUAUUUGAAAAUCUUUUAGGUAAUAUAUUUCACAAUAUGACAGGUUUUGAUUUUUAUUUCAAUUACUUACAUACUAAAGAUUAUAUAGAUUUUGAAGAUUUCGGUCCUAUGAUACAAAAGGCGUUUGUAAGAAGAGCAAUACAUGUUGGUAACUUAACAUUCCACCAAGGACACGAAGUUGAAAAUUAUUUGAUAGAAGAUGCGAUGAAAUCUGUAGCUCCAUUGAUGACGGAGCUUUUGGAUCAUUAUUUUGUAGUCAUUUAUAGCGGCCAACUUGAUCUAAUGGUGCCUUAUACGUCAACAAUUAACUAUUUACGACAUCUCAAUUUUACUGGAUCUGAGGAUUAUAAGACUGCUAAAAGGUACCAAUGGAAAGUAGAUGGUGAGUUGGCUGGAUAUGUGAAGCAAGCUGGCAAGUUGGUGGAAAUUAUGGUGAGGAAUGCUGGGCAUAGGGUACCUGGAGACCAGCCUAAGUGGGCAUUAGAUUUGAUCACACAUCUAACUCAUGAGAAGAUGUUUUAUUAAUUUUGUACCUAACAAAAUGGUAAUGAUUCGUUUACUUCAUGUUUUAACACUCACCAUGACAUGUAACAAAAGGUUAUAAGUAAAUAGUGAUUGUUGUUUUGAUUUGUUUUGUUGAUAAAUUUGUAAAACUCAUUUUCAACUUGAAGGUAUAAUAAAGGCUGAUUUCAUUUUUACA